GGAGCCAGGGACAAGGGGCCGGGAGCUGGGUCUGUGCCGAGGGACAGCCCAGCAGCUUGGCAGAGGCGCUGUGCUAUGGGCAUGGGGCCGGCUGAGGCUGAAAGCUGUCCCCAAAACCUGCCCGGCAUCGGGGACACCGCACAGAGCCACGAGAGCCUGACAGCAGAGCUGAGGGAAGCGAGGCCAGGGGCGUCCCCGGGACACUGGAUGACCCAGCAGAAGGGAGUGAACCUGACGGAUGUCAAGGUGAAAGACACCCAGGAGUUCGUCCAGGUCAGACCCGGCCACGAAGGCAGCCUGGAAGACCUGUGGGAGGUCAGGAGCAGCUGCGAGUCGGGACGCAUCGUGGCUCUGCGGUGCUCAGACUGUGGGCUGCGCCCUGGGGCCCUGCGGGUGGUCGGGGGCACGGAUGCAGCCCCCGGGCGCUGGCCCUGGCAGGUGAGCGUGCGCCACGGCUCCCGGCACCGCUGCGGGGGCUCGGUGCUGGCGCCCCGCUGGAUCCUGACCGCAGCACACUGCCUGCACAGUUCCAGGCGGCUGCACGGCUCCGGCUGGCUGGUGGGUGCUGGUGUUGCCCGUGGCUCCGUCGAGCAGGAGGCUGGGGUACCGGUGGAGAAGGUUAUUUCCCACCCGCUCUAUAACGGCAGCAGCCUCGACUAUGACAUUGCUCUGAUGAAGCUCCACGUCCCCCUGAAUUUCUCUGAUGCCAUCCGUGCUGUGUGUCUGCCACCCUCCCACCGGGACCUCUUCCCGGGCACCCCCUGCUGGGUCUCAGGCUGGGGCUACACCAGACCAGACCAGGCACAGCUAACGGAGACUCUGAAGGAAGCGCUCGUUCCCCUAAUUAGCACCAGGAGGUGCAACAGCUCGUGCAUGUACGAAGGAGAGCUCACGGCCAGGAUGCUGUGUGCCGGCUACCCGCAGGGGAAGAUUGAUGCGUGCCAGGGGGACAGCGGGGGCCCCCUGGUUUGCCAGGACGAUCUCACGUGGCGCUUGGUAGGCGUAGUGAGCUGGGGCCAGGGCUGUGCCGAGCCCAACCACCCCGGGGUGUACACCAACGUGGCUCAGCUUCUGCCCUGGAUUUAUCGCACCACGGAGAUCUACUAGAAGCAAAGGAGAGACGUCACAGAACAACGUUUUGCCUGUUCCGAAGGUCCAGCUUCAUACUGUUACUGUAACCAUAUGAGAAUCCCCCCACACAACACCAGAAAACAGGGCCAGUAUAAAUAGUUUAUUAAAGAAAAUAGCAUAUUACAUUUCUGUGAAUAAUCCACGUGAGAGAAGUGGUGUUUUUCAAAAUAUCAAUUUUUUGGUUUCCCAUUUAUAAAAGGGCAAGGGCUCCCAAGAGAUGCAAGCGUCAUGGGAACACUGUCAACCCUCAAAUGAAUUACUUAAAGUAGUGAAAGGG